UCAAUUAACCCCUAUGUACACAAAACUGCCUCCAUUCACCUGAUAAAUUCUGUGUGCCGAGUUACGUCGGGACGAUAACUGAUCACAUCGCCGCCGGCCCAGUCGCCACACAGGACGUGAAUUUAUCUAGUGAAUUAAUUAUUAAAACAAUAAAGCUGCAAUUAUUGAUUCCCAAGUGGCAGUGAACGCGUAUCACUUACAAGCUGUUAGACCACACAGGACUUAAGUCAAUCGUCAUCUGAACGUGCAACGAUCAACUUAGAAUUUACAUUUUACAUUGUGCUUUUACUAUAAACUUUUGACUUUCUCUUAACUGAUACUUCAUCUGAACAUCCUCAGAAUACUUCUGUGCUUUUGCUCAGUUCCAUUCUGUGAAAGAAAGUUGUAGUCCUUAAUGUCAGAACGGACUAUACCUCAAAAUAGUCAAAUUAAUUAUUGAAUAUGGAUACAGAGGAAGGAACUCCAUUCCCGACGACCAAGGCGAAAGGUGGAUGGCGUCGAGUGCUUGAACAACGGCUGCCUAUAAUGUCAUGGGCACCGCGAUACAACCGGCUGUCGGCCAUAGCUGAUCUGGUGGCUGGCAUCACGCUUGGACUGACGCUGGUGCCGCAGAGCAUAGCGUACGCUGCGCUGGCGGGGUUGCCGGUGCACUAUGGACUCUACUCUUCGUUUAUGGGUACGCUUCUAUACAUGUUCUUCGGAACCGUAAAGGAGGUGAGCAUCGGGCCGACCAGUCUCAUGGCGCUAUUCGUACUGCAGACUUGUCAUGGUCUGCCCAUUCAGUAUGUGGUGCUGCUAGCGUUCUUGUCUGGAGCUGUGGUCAUGCUUAUGGGACUGCUUCGGCUUGGGUUCCUAGUGGAUCUAAUAUCACCUUCAGUGACCAGCGGCUUCACGUCAGGUACCGCAGUCAUCAUCGUCGUGACCCAACUGAAGGGGCUUCUCGGUCUCAGCUUCUCUGCGGAGUCCAUUCCUGAGAACUUGACCAAUAUUGUGCAGAAGUGGGGUCAGGUGCAGGUGCCUGAUGUGCUGCUGAGUAUCGUGUGCUGCACGGUGCUACUGCUGCUUAGGAAACUAAAGGACAUCGACGUGGGCCCAAAACGCGCCGUCCUAAAACGAGCUCUAUGGGUGAUCUCCAUCAGCCGUAACGCCUUAGUUGUCACGUGCGCGGCCUUCUUUGCGUACCACGCCUGCGACCAUGAAAAACCAUUCCUUAAACUUUCUGGCAAAGUAGAACCAGGCCUGCCGCCCUUCUCACUGCCGCCAUUCAGCGUACCUCACGGCAACGGCACCACGGGGUUCAUCGAGAUGGUCCAAGAGUUGGGGUCAGCCGUCAUCAUGCUGCCGAUCGUCAUGGUGCUCGCCAACAUCGCUAUCGCUAAGGCUUUCUCGUCGGGCGGCCGCGUAGACGCGACGCAAGAAAUGCUGACACUAGGCAUUUGCAACAUGGCGGGGUCUUUCUUACAUUCGAUGCCCACCACCGGCGCCUUCACGCGCUCCGCUGUCUCGCAUUCCAGUGGCGUUCAGACGCCAGCCGCUGGACUUUACUCAGCUGUAAUCGUGCUGAUGGCGCUGCGAUUCAUGACAUACUACUUCAAGUUCAUUCCAAAAGCCUGUCUCUCGUCGGUACUCAUCUGCGCCGUCAUUUUCAUGAUUGACUAUGGUACCGUGUUGCGUCUAUGGCGCACAUGUCGCUCGGAGCUGGCGGUGCUGCUGCUGACAUUUGUGGUGUGCAUCGUGGACAGCGUAGAGCGUGCUGUACUAGUUGGCGUGUUGGCCGCCACCGCCGUCCUGCUGCGCGGGGUCAUGCGGCCCGCGAUUCAUCGGCACACUGUGCAGGUGGGUGGCAUAGAAGCGACGCGCGUGCGACCUACACUGGCGCUGAUAUUCCUGAACGUGGAAUACGUUACGGCCCGCAUGACAGCGGCUGCGCGGACGCGGCCUAACGCGCCGCUGUUGCUGGACUGUAGCGCGUUGUCGCUCAUCGAUGACGCCUCACGACAGGCGUUGGAGCGUUUAGUCAAAAAGUUCAAGAGCGUUGAUCAGAAACUGAUCGCGUACAACGCGUCUCCGGAGGUAUUAAAUAAUCUCCAACGAGUUGAAGGUUUAGAUCAACGAGCAUUAAGUGCUACCACUGCCAUGGAGGCGCUAACAGCUGUUUCUGAAACAAACGAACACAUUGUGGAGACCACGGCGCUGCUGAAAACUUAGCUGAUUGAAUGGAUAUUUAAUGAACGAAGGUAGCAUUCCGAAGUGUUCUAUGUGAUAGCUUCAAGCUUCUGUAAUAAAACCUUUGAUAUGAUGAUAUUUUAUAUGAUGAAAAUGCGAGUUUAAAAAGUUUUAUGUAUGAAGUGUGCUGUGAUUUUUUUUAGACUAAUAUUAUAUUACCUAAUCUUAUGAAAAUCUCAGUAUUAUACAACUGAGUGUUAAUACAGCUAAUAUUAACAAGUAUGAUAAUAGUUGUAUGUAACAUGCCUAAAAAGUAAAUAUGUAUGAUAUAUUUUUAAGAUGUGAAGGGUUGUGCGUAAAGUUAGUGAAACUUAUUUUUUAACCGUUAUACUUAUAGUGUUGUAAAACUUGUAAAUACAUAGUACAUAUACAUAUUAAUAUAGUGUCCACACUGUUAGAAGUAAUU